UGUAUCGAACAAUCAUUUUACGAGUACCAGCACUAGUCGGCAUUUUCAUGAAAUCAGACCUAAUGACCACUGCGUUCGACGCGUCGCACACCGAGGGCCCCGGUUUCGUGGGCAUUCGGUUCUGCCAGGAGUGCAACAACAUGUUGUACCCCAAGGAGGACAAGGAGAACAAAAUCCUGCUGUAUGCUUGCCGCAAUUGUGACUACAAGCAGGAGGCGGACUCCAAUUGCAUAUACGUGAACAAAAUUAUGCACGAAAUCGACGAACUGACCCACAUCGUGCCCGACGUCAUCUCAGAUCCCACUCUGCCGCGCACCGAAGACCAUGCCUGCCCGAAGUGCUCGCAUCGUGAGGCGGUCUUCUUCCAGGCCCAGACCCGACGUGCCGAGGAGGAGAUGCGACUGUACUACGUGUGCACCAACCAAAACUGCACUCACCGCUGGACAGAGUAGACACAGCUGAUGCGCCCUCUAAUUGUAGUUGAUAGCAAAUACUUACAAAUAUAAAUAACACUUCUAUAACAUGUA